AUGUUCAGAUCACUAAUAAGACCUUUCAAUGCACAAAGAAGUACGCUUUUGAAGCCAUCUAAUGCUCCUGUGACUCUUCCUAUGAGGAGUUUUUCGCAAUCAAUUGUCAACUACAAAACAAACACUUCCACAUAUACCAAAGAGAAUGUACAUGACCUUAAGACAUUUCUCACGUUGAUCGGACGCAACUGCGUUGAGCACUUGGAUUUGUUUGAAGGUGACUUGAACAAGUUUAUUGAAACACCAAGUAAGAAAAUGAAGGACAUGGGUAUUGAUACUAGAACCAGAAGAUACAUGUUGAGAUGGAAACAUAAAUUUGUCAACGAUCUAGAACCAUUAAGAGAACAUAAACGAGGAGUCAAAAAGAAUGGUGGUGAAAGAAAAGCCAAGACUGUAAAGGCAAAGAGAAGGGCAUUGCAAAGAUUGGAAGAUAAGGAGAAGUUUAGUCAAGAGGAAAUGGAUGCAGAACACAGAGGUGAAAGAUUAUUUUAA